GUAGCUAAACAAAAAAAAUACAAUUCCUGACAGUAAUGAGUUUUCAAAUUUUUGUCGUGACUGAACUUUGGCGACCGCUUAAAAUUAUGUAAUGGAAGUUGGAGCUUUCCACAUCACCUAACUCAUCGUAACUCAUCAUAAAGUCCAUCGAGGCGAAGUGAAGCUUCAGAUUACGAUGCGUUAUUAUGCAGAAGCAACUUCAAAAGUUUGGAUUUUUCGCUUCAAAAACUUUAGAUGAAGAAGCAAGCAGAGUUAAUGACAAAUUGGUUAAGUACUUGUACAAGAAGGAAACUGGGGCUUCGUAUAAACGGAAAAUUAAAAGUGCCAACGAUACUGACACCAGCCCGAAGCACACUCUCAGGCGACAGCCACCGGACGAGGACAAACAUCGCAGGAAAAACUCUCCCGACUCUGUGAGGAGACACAGAAGGGACGCUUUCGCGAGCGAGACUGAAAUUUUUUUCAUAUCACCGGAAGACAUCAAAAAGCACCGCAAAAAAGCGACCAAACACCGCGAGAAAUCACCGGAAAUUUCGACCGAAGCGCGGAGACACCACAAAAAUCAUGACUACGACCCUGAGGCUGAAAAACGGAGGAGUCUGAAGCGGGACAUUGAUAUUGCGAAACUGAUCUCACCUCAGAAACACAACAAGGACAACGACUACCAGUGGUUGACUAAGAAAGAGAUUGUUAAACUGAUUGCUAACAACGAUGCGAAAGAACUGCCGAAGAAGACGUCCACCACGUCGAAUUUUUUGAAGAAAUUUUUUCUGUUCGAGAAACACGAUGAGUCCGAUUUUUCCAAAGACAAGCCACGGAAGGUCAAUCGCUACGCUGAAGACAACACCAACAUGCUCUUCACGCCGUACAAGACCGGGGCCGAUGGUCCAAAAAAAAACGAAAAAAUCAGCAAACUGCACGAGAAGAAGCACAAGGAGGACCCGGUCGAUGUUGUCUACACGCGUGAGGCUAAAAAACACCGAGAUAAACACAAGUCGGAGGACGGCCGAAAACCAAAAAUUAAAGAUAACGGGAGUUUGGUGUUCGAAGAACUCAAAAUUCUCCAAAAGGCGAAAGAGAGAUUCCACACGACUGAUAGUUUCGAGAGCAGCACAAUAAGCUCGAAACCGAAACGUAAACACACCUCCAAAGAAUGCGACUUAAUUUUCGACGACCUGAAGACCCAAACUAACGAAAGUGGGAGUCAAGGGAGCGACAAAACGAAGCAAAAAUCAAGGAAAGACGCACAUAAGUCGAUUACACCAAGCGUUGCCACCGAAAGUCAAGUGAGCAGUGUUGUAAGCUCGAAGAAAAAGCACAAAAUCAAUCAAGAUCAAGAAACAAAGAUACGCAAAAAUGUAACUGAAACGAUUCCCAAACUGGAGAAAAAGAAGAGUAAGAUUAGAAGUCGGGAAAAUAGCAUGAGUUUGAGACCUAAACCCAGGGAAACAAGCCAAAGUCGUGGCCCAAGCACCGAUCGAGGAGAGUCUUCAGAUACCAGAAAAAAGAUAAUACCAGAGAAAAAGGAAAAUAUUUCGCGGACUAAUCCUCUGCGUCACCAGACUUGUUUAGUCGGAAGGACUUUCCCGGUUGUUGAUAUAUCGCCGUGGGUUGUCCGUGAGAAUACUUUUCUCGAAAAGAAGAAAAAACACAAAGCUUUCAAGCGAUAUUACAAGUAUCAUAAAAAUCUUGACCGGGAUUGUGACCUAACUUCGAGUGGUACCAAUCACGCUUACAGCGACAGUCACAAAAUGUACCAAGGGACGUCUGAACACUCAAUUGAGGAUUCCUCGAGGAAUCGGCGCAACAAGCGAUCAAAAUUCAAGGUUGAAACCCACAUUUCUGCAAUUGUUAUUGACCCACAACCACAAAAAACCCACAAAGAGGCUGAUAAGAAAAUCCGAAAAUCCAGAAAGUCGAAAAUACCAGUUUUGAGCAACAUUUGCAGGAUGGCCGAAAUGACAAGAGAAAAAUCGUACACUCAAGGCGACGAAGAGGUGGAAGUUGUCGAAAAGACAAGGCUUUCAAGAUCGCCAUCGCGUGAUCACCAAGUGGACAAUAUCGCCGUUGAGCGAAAUAAGGAAAAAAAGACGAGUGAAAAUGAGUACCACGACCAUUCUCUCAGAAAUAAGCACAGAGGGGACUCCAGGUCCUCAAUGAUGUCCAAGCAAAGUAAAAAAUCGGGGCUCAAAUCCCGCCGAACUCCCAGCAAGAGCCCCCUUCGCACUCACCGCAAACCGUCGAGUGCCAAGCUUCUAAAAUCGAACGCUUCCAGUACCUGGAGCCGAAGCAGCAAACACUCGUGUAAGGGCUCGUUUAGUUCCAAGUCCGACACCAAAAUCCGAAAACGGGGUAAAAUAACCACGCCGAAAAAGAAAUACAACACUUUGGCGCGGACCUCGGCCAGCAAUAGCACGUGUGGCGACAAAUCGAUGGAGUCCUCAAAAACCGGGACGUUUUUCGGGACCAAAAGCUUCAAGGACGAGGAGAAGCUAAGUCGCUGGCAACGAAGCAAGCUUUACUCGGAUUCUCUCCGGAAAAGUGUUAUUAACAAGAAGAAAUCGCCGGCGAUUCCACCCCAAGUCAUGGAAGUUAGGUAUCUGAGUGUGAGCAACCAGAAGUUCCAGUCGGAGAUGUCCGUUCCGGGAGUUGCCGAAACGAAAACUGAAGUUAUAAGUAUUGAAGACGUUCCCGACAUGAGGGCGGAUUUUUAUGAUGAGCUACCACAUCCUUCCUUCGAUGAUAAAAUUAAAGAGGUGCUAGAGUUGCCUUUCGACGAGAUUUUGAACGAAAACGACAACUUUUUAAAGAAGGAUUUUACACUGAAACUGGACAAAUCCACGACUGAUAUAAGUUCGGACGAUUUGUCUCUGCCAGAGAAACAAAUCACCGAUUGGUAUUCCGAGUUUCCGAAGCGGGAGACCGGCAGUUUGAGUGAAUUGUCGUGUCCGAUAAACAACCACCAGGAUGUGGAUUUGGGGAGUCAAGACCACAUUAUGGAUUCUCUAAGUGCCCCCGGGUCUGAGGAAAGUGGCUAUGCCACAAUCAAGUCGCGCCAACUUUCGCGCACUUUUUUCCAAAGACCGUCGAUAAAGGCGCUUUUUGAGCCGCCGCUCGAAACGACGUUCUGUGUCGAAGUGCAAAUUGAGUCGAAAAGCUCAAGCGGUGGGCUUGAAAUACGUUCCAUCGAAAGUAAGUCGUUGCAAACAUCGUUCGAAUGUUGCCAAAAAUCGGUUCAGAUUAAACUGUCCGAAGAAGAGUUACUUGAAAAGCUCAAUUUCAGCGAGACGAAGGAGGAAAAGGCUGAAGAAGACGGUUUCGUCGAGACUCUCAGUGAAGAGGAAGAAGAAGAAAAGACGGAAGAAGAGUUAGAAAUAAAGAAUGUAGAGAAAAAGUUGACUCUAGUGUUCCAAAAACUGGACUGUGUCAAUAUUGAGUCUGAUUAUUCAAUCGCCAAGGAGGAGAAUAGCGAGGAAAUUGAUGCUUUAGAAGUGUCUCGCGUUAAAACGCCAAAAAAGAAGACCAAAUUUUGUCUGAAUUUCUUGUCCUGCCUUAAUUGCGUGUCUGACGAUAAAUAAAUUUCUGUCACAAACGUACAAAACUCUUUAUUCACAGUAAAAACCAUAAAAAUAAGACUAAAACUAGAUAAAUAUCACUUAAACGUAGACGUUCCACGGUUUGAAACUUCCGGGUUCGGGAUCCUUGAACUGGAACACAGUUGAUAUUUUUUGACCAAUCAAAUUAAAAUCGUUACCUUUGAAGUAAUGUUGUCCUGACAGGCCAUACGUAUCCUUGCAGCAGUGGCAGGUGAGUCUAACCUGAAUUUGGUUGGUUCGUAACCAUUUUCCCUCCUUGCGGCCUUUAUGGCGUCUUUAAUAGCGUACAGGACUGAACUACCCAAAAAUAGGGGAGGUUCACCAACGGCCUAAAACCCA